AUGAGGCGAAAGAAACUUACAGAAGGACCUCUACACCAUGAACUAGCUUACCAGCUCAAAUUGCUCAAGGGGCGCGUGGAGACCAGGCAAUCAUACAACAUCGUCCAAAGUAUCAACAUGCAGUUCAGCUCUCUCACCUUCGCCGUCCUCCUCUGCGCGGCUUCGGGCACACUUGCCCAGAACCAGCCAAAGGACAAGUACAAGUGCUAUGUGCCUUUCGAUACUUGCAGCAAGCCCAUCCCGGCUGAGCUGAAGGCUUCGAUGGCCAAGGAAUUCGGUGCCCGCAGCGAAUGCCGAUUGACGGAAGUUGUCUACUACGGCGCCCCCGACGCCGCGAUUGAGGGCGUGUACUGCGAGCCUGGUCCCGUUCGUAGCAUGGGUGGGACGUUCCGCUACUCCGUCGGGCGUGUUUCUACCGUUUGCCAUUCAAAGUGCGAGAUCUGGGGCUAG